AUGUGGAUAAUGUUUAAUAAAGCUGUAUUAUUUUGUGCACUACUGUUGUUGAUAGAUAGCAGUUGCGCUGAUGGACGAUCACGUCUUCGGCAAGUGCUUGAUCCUUUAGGAUUAUUUCACCGAGAAUCUGGUUCAGGAUCACAAGCGAGUGCAAGUAGUGAUUCAAUCAGCCAUGGUUUAAAUAUUGGCAAAUUAAGCAUAUCGAGUUCAUUAUCGCAUUCACAUUCGUCGAGUUCUGCAAACGGCGGCCCUGGUUCAGUUUCACAUGCAAAUGCUGGAUCUCAAUCCCAGGGAUUUGCUAAUAAUAAUGAUAGAUACACUAAUGCUCAAAGCGGAGCCCAGUCGGCCGCCAAUGCUGGAAGUUAUGGGGGUGGACAAAUAAAUGGCGAUUUACACGGCGGCGGGCAAUUACAAAGCCAGGGUCAUUACGGUGGUGGUGUGGGCUUUCAGAGUGAAAAAUACGUAGAACACGGUGCAAGAAGGCCAAUCUUAUCCAAUAUUGGUGCAAAUAUCGGAUCGGCUAUUGGUGGUAUUGGUGAUUUAGGACUUAGUUUCAUUGGGCGCAAACAAGCGCACAAAACUAUUCAAAUUGGCCAUGGCGGAGGUUUCCAGAAGGAAGGUGUAUUACAGGGCUCUUUUGGAGUGCAAGGCGGAUUGCAGGGUGAUUUCCAAGGGCACGGGCAAAGUUAUGCGCACGGACAUAAAGGUCAUGGAGGUCAUCAAUAUGGUGGUCAUGGUGGAGAUAUCCAAAUACAGGCCGUUCCUCAUGGCCAUGGAGGUGGCGGAGGGUAUCAGGUUCAAGGACAAGGUCAAGGCCAGUUUCAAUUCCAAGAGCAAAGUGGACACAAAGGGCAUCAUUUCCAAGAACAAGGGGGUUAUAACCAAGGGCAAUUCCAGGGACAAGGCGAUUUUCAUCAAGGAAAUUAUGGCGGCCGAGGUGAAGGACCCGGUACUUACAUACUAAUGGGCAAUAAAGAUUUUUCAUUUAAUACUGGAAAAGGAAAUGAAGAAAUGUUUGGUCAUGGUGGACAUGAUAUUGGCUUUGGAAACAAUCACGGAUCCGGUAGUAGCUCAAAUUCUGGAAGUUCUUCACAUUCACAGAGUGGUUCAUCUGCUCACGGAGGUUCAUCAUCUGGUAGCAAAUCUUCAUCAAAAAGCGAAAGUUUUACUAAUGGAGCCAAUUUAAAUUAUGGUGGUGGUGCUCAGUCAGGCAGCGAAUCUUCUUCGAAUAGUGAAAGUUUCUUUAAUGGUGGAGGUUCGGGUUCACAAAGUUCCUCUGCUUCUCAAAGUAAUAGUUCCGCCGGCGGACACGGUAACGCAGGGUCGCAGAGCAGCUCAUCUUCACAAUCGGGUAGCCAAAGUUUUGGAGGAGGAAAUCAGUCAUUCUCUUCGUCUAAAUCGCAAUCAUCAAGCUCAAGUUUUGGUGGCCCCACGCACAGCGAAAACUACGAAAAUCCAAAUCAUGGCCAUGUCCAAGAUCUACCUGAUGUUCUUAUUCGCUCUCUCUAA